AUGGGCGGUCUGAAUAUUCAUACAAGGACAAGAAAUCGUCAUGGUGAGACCACCCAAACAAUAAUCCGAACCGAAGAAUCUCGAAAAACCAUCAGUGAUAUUUAUUCAAUUCUUGGUCCCCAUUCUCCAUACUAUUUGAUCAGUUUGGCAAUGAACGUUCUGGUUUUUGCGGUUUUUAAUCAUUUGAACGAAAUGGACAACUUUUUGAUUUUCUCGAAAAAUGAACAUGUUUAUAUGGACGAUCGGGGAAGGAUCGUGUCACCAGAAAUACCAAGUGUCAUUGAUGAAAAUGGAAAAUAUAUUACGAGUAAUGGAGGAAUGGAUCUAACAACGUUGGCGAUUCUGAAUAAUAUAUCGGCGAUGGUUGGUUGUGUGGUAGCAGUUCUGAUUGCGAGAUGGUCGUUCCACAAAUCCAUCAUCACCUUUACUAUACUCAUCGUCGCCAGUUUUCUUCUUUCCCAGGCAUUCCUUUUCAAUUUUCUCGAUCGAAUUGCAUUUGUAAUCUUAUCGAUUCACUCGAAAUCUCUCAGUAUCAUUGCGAUUCAAGCUGCUUUUGAGUCCGGACAAGGGAAAUAUAGAGUUUAUGCAAUCGGAUUGGCUUAUUAUUUGAGCAAUGGAUUUAUGUUUGUGACUUUGUUGUUGUUCAAAAAGGACAGUGAUAUGGCGGAGACUCAGUACAUGCUCAUUAUCACUAUGAUUAUUUCGAUUUAUGCAUUAGCUUGUCCAUGGCAAUUGGUUCAUUGUAUUGUUCGGAGGGAUAUUGAAAAGGUUAAAUGGAUUUUGAACAAAUUCGGGCAAAAUGAACCACCACCGUGCGACGCUCUGGUUUAUGACAUUCUCUAUGUGAAUCGUGUCCCUCAAAAUGCCAUCGAAUCUCUUGGACAUCCUAUCAAAAUUCGACCGUUUCUCAGAAAAAUGACAGCAUUAACGUUUUUGCUAUACUUUCAAUCUUGUCUAAAUUCCGGAGAAAUGGAGAUGAUCAAAACGAUGCUACCGUACUCCCCAAUGGAAAGUAUACUGUUUUCCAAAAUUGCUUCAUGUCUAGCUUCUGUUCUGGCGGUGUUCUUUGUCUUUAAGUAA